AAUGUAUAAAAGGAACGGAGAUCAGAGAUCCUAAACACAGAUCGUCUUCAACAAAUAAUGAAAAAGAUCGUUGCUCUUAUUUCGGCCUUGACAAUGGUCAGGGGACAAAUACCAAAUUUGGGCUGGUGUCCAGAAUACGUACCCAUGACGAACUUUGAUAUGUCAAAGUUUUUGGGAAUCUGGUAUGAAACCGAAAGGUCUUUUCAACUUUCGGAAGUGGGUUCCCGUUGUGUAAGGGCAAACUAUACUAUAGGACCUGAUGGGAAAUAUCAUGUUAGCAACGAAGUGACUAAUGUUGCAACUGGAAUUAAAAGAGUUUGGGAUGGAGAAAUUAAACCACCAACAAUUAAAGCUGAGGAAGGAAAACUACAUAUAAAGUAUACUGGAAUACCAUUAACACCUGAAUACAAAUAUUCAAUCUUAGAAACUGAUUAUAAAAGUUACGCUGUUCUAUGGAAUUGUAAUGGUUUUGGACCAUUUAAUGCACAAAGUGCAUGGAUUAUGACUAGAAAACCAUUUGCACCAGGAGAUGUUCUUCAAAAGGCUUAUGCUGUCUUCGAUAAAUAUAAGAUCUCCAAAACAUUUUUUGUGAAGACGAGACAAGAUGAUUGUAGUUAUAUUGUAAACCCUACUAUUAAACCUGCACAACAAUCUUCUCAAGUUGAUGGAAUUGAAGUUAUAGAGGAAGAAUCUUUGAAUGGACAUAUACCUUCUAAUAUAGGAAAUAAUGAAAAAGUAUCAACUGAAACAAAAAAACACAAAGAUUCGUUUGACGAAUCUAUUAAAAUUUCAAAACUUGAAAAAGAAGAAAAAAUCGUAGAACUUACGACACAAAAUAAGUAAAACCUGAAUAAACUACUACUUGUCCAAAGAAAUAAUCGAGGAUCAUAAAAAUAUUUUUAACGCUAAAGAAUAUUAGUUGAAUGAAAUAAUAUUUGUUCCACUUUGAGAUGAAAUAUUGAUUUAAAGUAGAAUCUUCAAUUAAUUUAUUAUAAUUGGCUUAAGUAACUUAUGAAAUUAAUAUAAAUUAAUAUUAUUAUUAUUGUGUAAAAAAAUAAAAUAAAAAACGAAUACAUAAAUUCCUACAAA